UAAGAUGGCAGACAGGAAACGCAAGAAGGGGUUCUGGCGUGGCGCGAGGAAGCGCAGGAGAAUGUGCCUGGAGAUCGGUAUGAAGGGCGUCCUCGUCACCUGCAACAAGAACGAGAAAGCCUGCAUCCGCGAGGCCUACAACCUCCUCAACGAGUACGCCGACGAGAUGUACGGCCCCGAAAUCACGGCCUCAGAUUCAGGGUCCGAAUCUGAGGAGGAGGAUGUGGAGGCUGCGCUCGCUAAGGAAGUGGCCCAGAUGAAGAACAAGGCCGGUAAGGAGAAGCGGAGGUUCCAGGCAAUGGACAGCGGAGCCAACAAUGUCGUCUUCAUCCAGUCACAGCUGGAGAGUCCGGACGAACUUGUCCACCACAUUCUCGACGACAUCAACACGUCUAAGAAGUUCAAGACGCGGAAUGUCUUGAGGAUCAUACCGGUGAUGUCAGCGUGCAAGGCGUAUCUAGAGAACGUGAAGAAGUCUGCAGAGGAGAUGUUCCCCAAGUUCUUCUCCGGAGAAGACAACCCGAGCUACGCCAUUGUCUUCAAGACGCGGAACAGUGGGACCAUGAAACGUGAUGAGGUCAUUCCGGCACUGGCGGGGGUCGUGUCAGAGGUCAACCCUGCCUGCAAAGUGAACUUGAACUCUCCUGACCUUGCUAUCGUUAUUGAGGUGAUCCGGACGGUGUGCUGCAUGAGUGUGCUGAAAGACUACUUCCAACUGAAGAAGUACAACAUCCACUCCAUCGUGGAGGGCACCAAGGAUGACCCCAAACCUCGAGAGGUCAAAGAUCAAGGGCCUUCAGUGGGUGACCUUGAAGCUACAAAUGGGUCGGGUGGUCAGGAGAGUAAAGGUCAUGUCAAAGUGCAAGAGGGAAAGGUUGAAGGUGAAACAUCUGACAAGGAUGGCAACUCAGGGGUUCAAGAUGAUGGCUUGUCUGUAGGGGACAACGAUGUCACAGGGCAAGGUUCAAAGGUUAUAGAACCUGAUGCAGGGGGGCAGAAAACCAAAGAAGAGGAAACAUCCAACUAGUAGUUAUGAUUUUGAGAGGGAAUUGUUGGAUUGAUCAAACUAUGGCCACUUGAUCAUGUCAUACUGUUUCUUAUUCAUAUCUCUGUCAAUAUCACAUAAACAUUGGUUAGUUUAAAAAUAAGAAAACUUUCAUUUUUAAUUUUCAUUUUCAUACUUAUGAUUUUGGGGAGGUGCAGGGAUGUACUUUUAGCUCUGGAAGUGAAUGAAUGAAUGUAUGCUUAGCCAGGAGACUGGGAUACUAGUAAAGAUAGUGAUACAAACAAUUUUCAUGUACUUAUGAGUAGUGAUAAUCAAAGCAUAACAUUUACAUGAUCAUGAUUGCAGCAUACAUAUAGAAUACAACACGGGGUAUUCCGUAUCGCCCGAGGUACCAGCCUGACCGCGCGUCGGAUCGCCCGACGGCCGGAGGGA